CCAUAAUGAAUAUUAUCCCGCGGUUUAUUUUGCAAGUAACUGGGUUUUUUGGGGCGGGGGGUUGCGCGUCUGGUCUCCUGUUGCGAGCAUCGCUGACAUCAGUUCUUGCGGACGCGCGCUGGGGAGCGCGCUUACAGCUCGGACCCUUGCUACCUCCAGCAGUGCGCUGUGACGGUGCUCGCAUUCAGCAGCCGAGAGUCUUCCUCAGUGUCCUGGACCCGAGACGGAGGAAGAAAACCCGGGAGGCGCUCUGUGUGAAAAUGAAGCCCGGAUGGUGCCUGUGUUUGGCCUUGCUGUUCACUUCCUCCAACCCUUCCUCACAAAGCGGUGAGAAGCUGCGGUCGGACACCCGGCGGGGACUGAGGCACGAACCCGCUGUCCGCAGCCACGCCCUGCAGGAGCCUGGGGUGCAGAGGCUCCACGCCGGCCUGCUCUCGCGCCCACCCCUCCGGCCUGAGGACGAUGCCCCGGGCCUGGAUGGCCUGAGCCCCGUGCGGCUGGAGAUGGGUCCCGGGGAGAGCGCGAGCGCGAGGGCGAGGGAGGGAGGUCGCAGUGGGUUCAGGGGCGCCUCGCACACGAAGGACAAGUACCCUCCGGGGGGAGGGUUUCCACGCAACGGCAAGAGACACGGGCACCAGCUUGAGCACAGGCGACACGGCCGCAGGGACAAGAUGCAUGAGAAAGGGUUAGGAUCUCUGAUGAAGGGCGUGGGCAGGCUGGAUUUUAACCCCUACACCCUCUCACCCAAUCAUGACGCAGCCACACCCGCCGCAGUGCCCUCCCCCACCUCUCGCAUCCCGGUUGCCACAGCGACCAACGAGCAUCCCCCAACUCUCCCUCCGGCCGCCACCAAACCCCAGAAGGCAGGCCAUGGACGAGGUCAGGGUGAGGUGUCGCCUACAUUGGACAUGGCUAUGUUUGACUGGACAGACUACGAAGAUAUGAGGCCUGUGGAGAACUGGCCAUCCACCAAGAAAAAGGACAAGCGACGCAGCAAGAACUUGAGCAGUGGCAACAGGACAGUCGGCGCUGAUGUCAUCGAACCGUGUGACCAUCACCUCGACUGCCUCUCUGGCUCCUGCUGUGACCUCAGGCAGCACGAGUGUGAGGCCCACAACCGCGGACUGAACAACAAAUGCUACGAUGACUGCAUGUGUGAAGAGGGUCUUCGCUGCUUCGCCAAGUUCCACCGCAAGCGGAGGGUGACGCGGAGACGCGGGCGCUGCGUGGAGCCCGAGACUGCCGACGGCGACCAAGGAGACUUCAUCACUGUCUAAGCCCGAGAGAGACGUCGAACUGAGCACAGCCCUACAACCCUCCGUCCCAUUGACUGCAAGAUAACAGGAGAGUGGGUCAAUAGAUCAGGCUGUCUGGCCCACUGCUCGUGGUGGUGACCAUACGCUGUGUGUUAACAGUCAGAGGUCCACUUCUUACCUACAUGUUGCUUGUACUGUACUUAUGAAUUUGUGUCUGAGGAGAAUGAAAGCCCCCCCCCGCCUUUUUUUUUUCUACAGGCUGCCCUAUCCUGGCACAUUGCUGUUUUUUUUUCCCAGUAGUGAAUGUUUACCUGUUUUUCAAAGUUUUAUUUAUGGUGCUGCUCGUUAUUUGAAGAUACAGAAGAGCCAUUUGCCAAGGUUGGCUUUAGCAAUAGAAGCCCCUCUAGAUGGAGAAGCAGACGUGAAUGGUCUCUCACUCUAAAGUGGAGUGCAUAUUUUUUUCUGUUCAGUACUUUAAUGAAGUUUACUUUAGUGGGUGGCUGGUCUUUGUGUAGUCUGUUAGCUAUUCUACACUUCACCCUGGGGAACAAAACUGAAUUUGUGCUUUUUUGACUUCAGUAUCCUAAUUAAACUUCUACAGUGACUCAUCGAUUUUCUUAUUGCACAUAGGCAGAAGUACAUUUGAGCCGUUGACCCUUUCGAUGGCCAAAAGACCACUGAGGCGUGGAGAAGGUCGAACAGAACCCAUCUCCUGUUGCCCUUUACAGCAAAGGAAGAUACAGACCACAAUCUUUCCCACCAUGGAAUUAAAUUGGCUUAAAAGCUUAUUUUUCCCUUCCAGGAUCCCUUGGUCUCCAGGCACUGGGGUGUUUAAAGGUGACUACCCACAAGCCUGCGAGUGCGCACGGCCAGUUCCCCUCCCCGUCUGGGAGGUCUGAGCGGUACAGGGUUUGUCAUUGAGUCGUGAGGACCUUGGGCAGUGCAGGAACUGCAACACAGACUGCACGGCGGAGCGACGCGUACCCGCAUGUCAUCCGUGCUGAGAAGUAACGCGUGCCGAUAUGGCCGUCUAGGGACUGCCACGCACUCCACCUGCACAGCUGACAACCUUCUUCUGCGCUCUCUCUCUCUCCGUCUGCUUAUUAAUUUUCUAGCACGUCUUGUGUUCCUUUCUGAUGCAUCACUCUCAUUCAUACACUGUCUGUUAACGCCCAAUUUUUUUUUUUUUAAGUUACAGGAAGGGCAUUUACUCUCUCUCGCUCUCUCCCACACACACACACACACACACACACACACACACACACACACACACACAGGUUUGACCUGCCUUUCUUGCACAUAAAUCUCCCUCAGAGUUUGUAUUUGUCCCUCUACUACACACACGCUAAUCAGCGUGAUCAGUACCACUAAAUGCUUGCAAGAAUAAUAUUAGCAUUUGGCCAUGUCACCUCCCAGCCCUAAAAAAGGAAAGAAAUAAGAGACCAGCACACUGACUUACAUGCAGCUGAUUCCAUUUUCCUAAUGUAUUUUUAAUACUGUCUCUGCAUGCUGCACUGUGCUGGAUGCUAGGGACGCCCAGACUGUGAUGGAUCACACCCAGGCGUGCACUGGCUGAGUAGACUGGCAAAAAGGAAUUGCUCCAGGACCUGCUGCGAAUUGUAAAAUACCCUAUAAAGCAUGAGAGCGAGAGAGGUAGAGAGAGAGGUAGAGCGAGAGAGAGAGGUAGAGCGAGAGAGAGAGGUAGAGAGAGAGAGGUAGAGAGAGAGAGAGAGAGAGAGAGAGAGGCUUUCAGGAGCAAUGACAUUGUGCACCAUCACAGUGGGUAUUACUUAAAUCUAAAAAGUAAUGAUGUCAAUUGCAACACGCAGGGAAAUUUUACCACAUCUGAUGAGAGAGGCAUUUCAUAAUGAGCCCCGCUGGUUCUCUCUGGUUCUCUUUUCAUAACGUGCACUAACGCAGCGGAUUACGAUUUGUGCACAGACAUAAAUCCACAAUGCGUCCAAGCUCCAAUAUCCACUACGCGGGCGGAAUCGUGAGGCUAGCUCCUCUAGGACCCGAAGCCCCAGCACGGUAUUACUCAGCCGAGGGCUAACGGAAAUCAGAGGCCAAAGGUCACACCUGCCACAGCAAGCUUGAGUGAGUAGGCAGGACCCAUCUGGUAGACGCGUGCCACAAAACAAAGGGGAGGAUUCCCCUCAGGGCAGGAGUGAAGCCCCGAAACAACCCUCCUUCCCUACGGAGCUGACUAACCUCGACUAAUUCAUUCAAUCAAACCUUAAGAGUGACUUACACGUCUAAUGAACUGUCACUGUAUGGACAAUAGCCUACAGGCCACAUCUGGCUAAUUGAAAAGAAUGCAUGAUCCAUCAAAUUGUUGACAGUGUUACAUAUAAACGUUAAUUGAUGUUCUCCUGCUAAAUAAAAUGUUGUACAUCAGG